AUGCGUUUCUCUCUCGCUCUCGCCGCGGCCGGUUUGGCCCAGACUGCCUUUGCGGCUCCUCAACCUUCCCGCGGUUUCGGCUGCGGUGCCCCCGAGCCUUCCGAGGAGCUCCUCCAGGUUUCCCAGCAGUUCGCUGUUGAGGAAGCUCAGGCCCUCGCCGAGUCCUACCGCUCCGGCAACCUCACUGCCCGUGAUGUUACCGCCCAGGCCAUCUCCGUCAAGGUCUAUAUCCACGUUGUGGCUGCUUCCACUGCCCUCAGCGGUGGUUACCUCACCGACACCAUGAUCAACAACCAGUUCAGCGUUCUCCAGUCAGCUUUUGCCCCCUAUGGCAUCUCUUUCACCCUCGCCGGCACUGACAAGACCGUCAACGCCAACUGGGCUGAUGACUCCAAGGGUUACGAGAUGACCAUGAAGCGCGCUCUCCGCAAGGGCACCUACAAGGACCUCAACCUCUACUUCCUCCAGAAGAUGGGUGGUAACUUGGGAUACUGCUACUUCCCCACCACUGCCUCGCCCGGCUCCACCGCUUACAUCCGCGACGGCUGCACCAUCCUCUAUAGCACCACCCCUGGCGGCAGCUCCACCAACUACAACCUCGGCCACACCGCCACCCACGAGGUUGGUCACUGGUUCGGUCUCUACCACACCUUCCAGGGCGGCUGCACCGGUGCCGGUGACUCCGUCUCCGACACCCCCGCCCAGGCCUCCGCUUCUUCCGGCUGCCCUGUCGGCCGUGACUCCUGCCCCAGCCAGGCCGGUGUUGACCCCAUCCACAACUACAUGGACUACUCCAUCGAUUCUUGCUACGAGGAGUUCACCCCCGGCCAGCAGACCAGAAUCAACAGCUUCUGGACCAGCUACCGCCAGAACGCUUCCUAA